AUGAGGAAUCUGCUCCUUGCCGUGCUCCUGGCUUGUGGGCUGCUCCGGGCCGGCGGCUCCGUGCUGGAGCUGGAGCGGAUGAUCCGGGCGGCCACGGGCAGGAGCGCGCUGCUCUCCUACAGCUGGUACGGCUGCUUCUGCGGCAUCGGCGGCUCCGGGAGCCCCGUGGAUGCCACGGACCGGUGCUGCCAAGCCCACGACUGCUGCUACAGGAGGCUGAGGGAGGGCAGCUGCAGCCCCUUGAUCACCCCGUACAGCUUCACCGCCAGCGACGGGAACAUCACCUGCAGUACCGAGCAGAGCUGGUGCCAGAGGGAGACCUGCCUGUGCGACACCGCGGUGGCCUCGUGCUUCGCCAGCUCCCUGCCCUCCUACAACCACUCCUACCGCUUCUACUUCAAGCUCAAGUGCCAAGGCAGCAAGCUCCAGUGCUGAGGAGGGCGAAU